AUGAAACAGCUGUACGACACGACUAGGAAACUGUCUUGGAAGUACAGCAAACCAGAACGACCCGUCAAGGACAAGGAGGGAAAGGUCAUCACAGGACUAGUGCAGCAGAUGAAUAGAUGGUCUGAACACUUUGAGGAACUCCUGAACAGACCAGCACCACCAAAUCCACCAGACAUCAACCCAGCCAACGAAGAUCUCGCCAUCAACUGUGGCAAGCUGACUAGAGAAGAGAUCGGGAAGGCCAUCACCUUGAUGAAGAAUGGAAAGGCAGCUGGACCUGAUGACAUACCAGCAGAGGCCCUGAGAGCAGACCUGAAAUCAUCGGUGGAGAUACUGUACCAACUCUUCGAGAAGAUCUGGGAGGAAGAAGAAAUACCGACUGACUGGAAGAAAGGGUAUCUAAUCAAGCUUCCAAAGAAAGGUGAUCUCAGCAACUGUAACAACUACAGAGGUAUCACACUCCUGUCAGUGCCAGCAAGGUCUUCAACCUGA